AUCAAGCAAAGAAGGAAUCAUCCGGUUUUCUCCAUUUGCUUCAACUGUGAUUUAUACAAGUAUCCCCCCAUUGGCUUCCAUAACUUCCAUUUGAGCACACUGUGAAUCAAGAAUCUCUUGUUAGCUUGAGCUUUGCGGAAUCACUGGAAAAAAAAACCAAGUCCCACGAAACUUCAAUGGGUCUAUCAAGUCUGCCAGCUCCAUCUGAAGGAGUAUUAUGUGUGCUUUUAGUAAACACUGCCUUGUCAAUUUCCAUUGUCAAAGGAAUAGUCCGUUCAAUCCUUCAUAUUGUUGGCAUCCGUUUGUCACCAUCUGCAUCACUCCCAUCGUCAGAUAAUGCUGAAGACACCAGAGAGUCGCUUGAAUUUCGUUUAAGUCCCCCAGAGAAUUACAUUGAGGAGUUCCGAAGCAGGAUGCCAUCAAUCCGAUUCAACACGGUGUGCAGCUGUGAACAGCCUGAACAUGACUGCUCGGUUUGCUUGACCCAAUUUGAGCCAGAAUCGGAGAUAAAUAGCCUGUCAUGUGGCCAUAUCUUUCAUAAAAUGUGCUUGGAGAAGUGGUUGGACUAUUGGAACAUUACAUGCCCUCUUUGCAGGACUCCUUUGCUGCCUGAAGAGGAUGCAUCUUGCUUUUGGUGAGCGCAUACUACCAUGAAUGCAUUGUCAGAGGAAUUCUCCUUGUACAGCGUGUACAUGUAUUUACGUGAGUGCAUCGGGCAGGGCAUAGUGGUGUGUACUUUGUGCUUGAGAUCAAGCAUGAUGUGCUGAUGGGUCCUUGAGAGACCAAAAAUUUUAUUGUACAUAUUGUGAAGAAGUGAUGUUUAACCUAUCUAUCUUGCUUUGAUCUCCA